AUGCUGCCCGCGGAGAUUCUGGCGCUGGAACCUCAAUCUGCAGGCCUUGAGGCGUACUUUGCCCGCCUGGGCUUCCAACAUAUCGAGGAGCUAGAUCCCUACCUCUGGAUCCCGUCCGGGGCCCUGCCCGGCGGGGACGUAGACGUCCGCUACUUGCUGGUUCAGGAUCAGGACUACCAGAGGCUGCUGGCGGCCUUCAAGCGGCCACCCGCAUGGACCGGCGUCACCGAGGAGAUCUUCCUCAGUGCGCGGCAGGACACCACAGCCCUCGACGUCAUGGCCCUGCGCGUGUCGAGCCAGGGCACCAGCCGCCGCGCCUUCGCGCGGCGGCUCCAGCGGGAGGCCCCUGGUCGGCCAUACAAGGCCGGCGCGGAGGAGGAUGUGGACCCUGUCGAGGUCAUGGCCGUCAUGCGAGGCCCUGAGAAGCUGGAGGAGGUGGACUGGGCGUGUGCUGAGGGCUUCGGCGGUGGGGCUUGGACAUCCCUACCAGGCCAUUUCUCCGGAUUGGGCCGCUGUAGUGUCUCCCAGAAGGCUUUUCCCUUGCCAGGCUUGCUGCCGGCCUACGGAAAGGCCGACCUCGUGGUAGAAACGCUUGAGCUUCAGAUGCGCGCCGACCCGGUUUACUCCGUGUCAAUCUGCUGCAAGGUCGGUGCUUUGGCAGAGGUGCUGGACAUCUCCCGCAACCUCUUCGACAAUUUUCGGGUGCGUGCUGUUCUGCACCACAACCCCAUUGCAUGGGACCUCGAGGUUGUCCAGUCUGACGGCCUUGCCUAUGCUGCGAUACAGAGCCAGCUGCCCUCAGGCGAUGAGAAGCGGCCGGACGACUUGGACAUCUUCUGA